UUUCAGGACCGCUGUUCUGCGAAGCGGCAGUCGCGGCACCGCAGGCGGCAAGAAGUUGUAUCCCAUCUUGAACUGAUCUUCUCUGGGAAAUGGCCAAGCUCAUUCCAACCUUCCAGCAAAUCACUAGCAAGCUACAAUUUUAAAUGUGCAACCUGGGUUAUAUCAGAGGACAGGAAAAGGAGAACUAAUCAUAAAAGCAAACAAAACAGAUCAUAAUGGUAUCUAUCCCAGAAUACUACGAAGGCAAGAAUGUCCUUCUCACUGGAGCUACUGGCUUCAUGGGAAAAGUUCUCCUGGAAAAGCUAUUACGGUCCUGUCCAAAUGUAAAAGCAGUUUAUGUUUUGGUGAGAAACAAAGGAGGAAAAACUUCUCAAGAACGAGUGGAAGAAAUGAUCAGCUGCAAGCUCUUUGACAGGUUGAGAGAUGAACAACCAGAAUUUAAAGAAAAAAUUAUAGCGGUUGCCAGUGACCUUACAGAACUAGAAAUGGCCCUUAGUGAUGAAGACAAGGAGAAUCUCAUAGAAUGCACUAACAUUAUAUUCCACUGUGCUGCUACUAUAAGAUUCAAUGAAAUUCUAAGAGAUGCUGUUCAGCUCAACGUAAUUGCAACGCAACAGCUUCUUUUCUUGGCCCAGAAAAUGAAGAAUCUAGAUGUGUUCGUCCAUGUUUCAACAGCAUUUGCAUACUGCAAUCGAAAGCACAUUGAAGAAGUUGUCUAUCCACCUCCUCUUGAUCCUAAGAAAUUGAUAGAUUCCUUAGAGUGGAUGGAUGAUGGCCUUGUGAAUGAUAUUACACCAAAACUCUUAGGAGACAGGCCUAAUACAUACACAUAUACAAAAGCCUUAGCAGAAUACAUUGUGCAACAGGAAGGUGCGAAACUAAAUGUAGCCAUUAUAAGGCCAUCAAUUGUGGGUGCCAGCUGGAAGGAGCCUUUCCCCGGAUGGAUUGAUAACUUUAAUGGACCUAGUGGCCUUUUUAUUGCUGCAGGAAAAGGAAUUCUUCGAACGAUGCGAGCCUCCAACAACGCAGUUGCAGAUCUUAUUCCAGUAGAUGUAGUCAUCAACACAACAAUAGCUGCUGCUUGGUAUUCUGGAGUUAAUAGGUAUAACAGACCAAGAAAUAUUAUGGUAUACAACUGUACGACAGGUGGUACCAAUCCUUUCCAUUGGGGUGAAGUCGAAUACCAUGUAAUAUCCACUUUCAAGAGGAAUCCUCUCGAACAGGCCUUCAGACGGCCCAAUGUAAAUCUAACCUCCAAUCACCUUUUAUAUCACUACUGGAUUGCUGUAAGCCAUAAGGCCCCAGCAUUCCUGUAUGAUACCUACCUCAGGAUUACAGGAAGAAGCCCAAGGAUGAUGAAAACAAUAACACGUCUGCACAAGGUCAUGAUGUUAUUAGAGUACUUCACCAGUAAUUCAUGGGACUGGAAUACAGACAAUGUCAAUAUGCUUAUGAAUCAGCUUGGUCCUGAAGACAAAAAGGCAUUUAAUUUUGAUGUCCGACAGUUACACUGGGCAGAAUAUAUGGAAAAUUACUGCAUGGGAACAAAGAAAUAUGUACUGAAUGAGGAAAUGUCUGGUCUCCCAGCAGCUCGGAAACACUUGAACAAGCUAAGAAACAUACGUUAUGGUUUCAAUACAGUGCUUGUGAUCCUCAUCUGGCGUAUUUUCAUUGCAAGAUCACAAAUGGCAAGAAACAUCUGGUAUUUUGUCGUUAGUCUGUGUUACAAGUUCCUCUCUUACUUCAGAGCAUCCAGCACGAUGAGAUAUUGAAGAUGACAAUUCUAGCAUUAGGACAUCUAUGCAUAUGGUGGUCUAAUGGCACAAAGCCGUAUAAUGUACCUACUCAUCUUGUCUUUUGUAAAAACAUGAAAUAUUAGAUCUGGAUUGUGAAAUACAGUACACGUGAUGCUUAAUUGUGUAUUUCUGUGAAGAUUUUAUGGCUGGUAUUGGAUCAACCUGUCAUUAGGCAAAUAUGUAGGUUUAAUAUCCAAACAGAUUUAAUAUCUCUGUAUGAGGAAAACAUUAGGCCACUGACCAGUGUAACUGUGCAAUUCUGGAAUGCAUUGAAUUAAAAUCUGCCUUAACAUAGUAAACUUAAUUUUUAUUGCAAAUCAGCACAUUUAGUUAAGGUGAACAAAUUAUUGGCUUGAUUAUCUAUUUCUUUGAGACUUUUCAAAUUGCAGUGGGUUUGUCUGGUAGAUGACUUGUAAAUGAUUGUAAGUUGGGCAUUCUGUUAGUCUUAUUCUUCUCACCUCCUUUGCAUUGACUCUGAGGAUAUGAUGAAGAUUACUAAAAGAAAUUAACCAUCAUAAUUGAAAAUCUUUUUGGUCUACUUUUGUAAGUGCACCUACUGAUCUAGAUUGGGCCACAGGAAAUCAAAAUAAUUGGCCAGAAUUAGAUGUAUGUGCCAUAUUAGCAUAUGCACCAACACCACCCUUCGCAAAAUGCUUCUUUAAAACUCCCAGGGAUUGAAAAGCCAGGGCUCCUUUAAGGGGAAAACUAUAGUUGGUAUGCAGUAUUUUUCUCCCCGAGGUUUUCUGAGUUGUGGCUUAGGGGGAAAACUACUUGUAUGGAUAAGAAAAGAAAUGACCACCCUUAGAUACAGACAAGAGAAACACAUUUUUACAAUUUACUAGAAUUUUCCCAGAAUGGCAGAGGAAAUCAGGUACUUUGAAAAGUAUGAUUCAGAGCAUAAAUCUGUUAAGGAAAUUCUGUACCUCUCCUACCUUAUCCAGUGAAAUUUUAAAUUGAAUUCUCAAACACUUUCUUUUAAAGCUCUCAAAAUAUUUAUGCUGAAUAAAAUAACUUUGGUAAAUGGUGGAAAUAAAAAUAAGAAACUGAAAAAAUCGAAUAGCUACUACUUGGGUAAAUGUGUUUUUCUGCAUGUUUAAUUUGUUUUAGCGGAAAAAUGCAUUUACAAGAGUUCUUACUAAAAGAUUUGAAUUAUAUAUAAUAUUUAAAACUUGCCCUUUAAAACUCAGUUGCAUAAAAUUCUGAACUAACUGUCCUUUUAUUUGAUAUAAUUCACCGUAUCUGUAGUGUGGUGGUAAAUUGAUUAACUUCUGCUGUACAUGUUUUUUUAUCAAUAUGCAUAAGGAAAUUGUGUAUGAAUCCAGAAGGAAUCAUACAAGUGUUACACAUAAUACACAUGUGUCCUGUACUUACAAUUCCACAAACAAAGUUUGUUUUGCUGCCGUGGAAAUCUUCCAUGCAAGUAUGCAUCUAAUUUUGGGGAAAGAAAGAGUCCCUAUUAAAGUUUCAAUGUCUCUCUCAAGUGCUUAAAUAUAUGGAGUUUUUUAAAAAAUAAAUUUGUAUAUAGUAUUUCCAUAGAUAAAACAUGUUACAUGGUCAAGGACCACACCAAUCAGAAGUGUGUGAGACUGCUGUGACAAUGGUGAAAAUACAAUAAAUUGUGGCUUGUGUGAUUUAAGGUUUUACAGUUGGCUGCAAUAUUCCUACUAUAUCUGUUACAGUUGCUCCCCUCUCCACAUUGGAAUUGAAUGUUUACUUACCAUUUUGGCAUAUUGUGGAUUUAUUUGGAUUUUGCACAAGAUGCGUGGAACCCAACAAGCCACCAUAGUGCGUGCGUUUGUGUGUGUGUGUGGUUGAACAUGGUGAGAGAGGCAACUGUAAAAUGCUUAGAUGUAUUCAUUUUCUCACUGUUCCUUGUUUUUGUAGAACAAAUUACUGCUAACUCCUUAAGCUGCAACUGAGAAAAUGACACCGCUGUCCACAAUUCUUCAUAAAGAGAUCUAUGAUUAACUGAUGGAAUUGUCUAAUUUUCUACAUUAGAUUCUAAUAUCCAAUAUAACUGCCAUCUUGGAUUCCUAGGAUUUUAGUUUGAUUUGAAAGGUUACCUAGUUUUUCUUUCACAAAGAAAUAACAUCAUGCUAUGUCACAAGUAUAUUCUCACAUUUGACACAAAUCUGGAUGUUUAAGACACUUUGUCAUAUCUGGAUCCUACAGUGUUGCUGUUCAUAACGUUGCAAUUUCAUUUUUCAGACUUUUUAGUUUUAAAAAAAUCCAUAAUUUGGGUUAUUAAUUUGAAUUGUUCAUUGAUUUUAAGAAACUGUCAACUCUGAAGUCAAGAGUAUUCAGAAGCAGAUCACUCAGUAGGUGUGCCAGAAUUGAAAAUUUGGGACCAUAGGAAGAAUAUUCUGCAAUGGAGAUUUCUGUUGUAGGAAGAGUUCUGAAAACAAAAUUUUAAAUCAUAAGCUUUUAUAAAAUAGAAAUAUUGGGUGCCUUUGUUUGUAAACCAAAAAUAAAAAAAUC